UGACAUUGGUACGCGUGAAGUAGGAUCCAUUUAUUAUCAAAUGAAUAAAUAACUUACAUGUUUACGUCGCGGAUUCGCCGGCGCGCAAACUAAACAGGCGUUACUCGCCACUUCACCACGGACUUUCUCUUCGUGCGAACACGAGCCGCGAUAAAAUUAUAAAAUGAAUAAAUUAGCUAUUUUCACAAGGAAUUUCUCCAGUUCUUCCCCGUUAAAUGUAAUUAAAACGGUGACAGUGAUUGGUGGGGGGCUUAUGGGUUCAGGAAUUGCUCAGGUUACAGCUCAAGCGGGUCAAAAUGUAACCAUAGUGGACUUACAACCUGAAUUGCUCGAGAAAGCACAAAAAUCCAUACAAAAUAAUUUAACAAGGGUUGCCAAGAAGACUUUCAAGGAUGAUGCGGCAAAAAUUGAGAAUUUUGUAAAAGAUGCAGCGUCCAGAAUUAAAACGUCCACUAAAGUUGAAGAUGCUGUCAAUGCUGAUUUGAUAAUUGAAGCAAUUGUUGAGAAGUUAGAUGUGAAACAACAACUUUUCAAUAAACUUGAUCAGUUGGCGCCAGAGCAUACGAUAUUAGCUACCAACACUUCUUCAAUAAGCAUCAAUGCAAUCGGCGCUGGCAUUAAAAGGAAAGACAGGUAUGGAGGUCUCCAUUUCUUCAACCCAGUGCCCGUGAUGAGGCUGCUGGAAGUAAUCAGGGGUGAUCACAUAUCGGACGCGACCUACCAAACCUUGAUGGAGUGGGGGAAGUCUGUAGGCAAGACGUGCAUCACGUGCAAGGAUACCCCUGGAUUUGUUGUGAACAGACUCCUGGCACCUUACAGCGCUGAAGCCAUGAGGCUGUAUGAAAGAGGCGACGCAUCGAAGGAGGAUAUUGACAUUGGAAUGAAGUUAGGUGCCGGCUAUCCCAUGGGUCCCUUCGAGUUAGCGGACUACACCGGCCUCGACACCAACAGAUUUGUGAUGCAGGUUAUGUAUGAGAUGACCAAGAAUCCAGUCUUCAAGCCAAUACCGCUGCUUGACAAGAUGGUCGCUGAGGGGAAACUUGGCAUCAAGACUGGCGAGGGUUUCUAUAAAUACAAUAAGGGAGGCCGUGUUAAGUAAAGUUUUCCAGCGUCUAUAACAAACCCCCCCCUCCCCAUCGCCCACCCACCACUGUUCCACCACUCCCUGUCCACGGUUAUGGUCGUUAAAUCUUUGAAAAUUACCGUUACAUUUAAUAUAAUUACUAUAGUUACUACAGAAGUGUAGGUACAAAGAUGUAUAGCAAAUUUGGGCCGAAUAAAACAUUUCUUGUGCCUUCGUCGUAUAACCUUAAAUAGUAAAUGUUCCCUCCUAUUGCGAUAUUCCUUUAUUACUACGUAGAACAUUUAAAUAGAAUAAAGGCACAUGUAUAGAAUCUAUUAAUUAACAUUAAAAAUACAGAUUUACAUACAUACAUACAUAUCUAUCACGCUUGUCUCCUAUAAUAGUGCAAAUGAAAAUAAAAAAAAUUAAAAAAAAAAUGUAUAUUCCAAUAAAGUGACACCAGUUAUAAAUUAUACAGUAUAAUUUUAUUAUAAAGUGGCAUGAAUAAAAAGUUAUGUAUUUAAAUAAAUAAUUACCUAAAUAUAUUUUUUUAUUUUGUAUAAGUACCUACAGAUAUAAGUCGAGUAAUAACGUAAUUGUACGAAAAUUAACUCUCUAUGUGAAUUAGUUUUUAGGAGUAACAUACAAUAAAAAAAAAGAAUUACUGGAGUUUUUUUUUUCCAAAUUUGUAUUUAAAUAUUAAAUUAACCUGUUCUGUAUUUAACAACCAUGACAUAAGUUUGUUAUUGCUCUAAAUAUAUUAUUUUAUUUUU